UGGGGCCCUUAUCGAUAACGAUCCGACCCCGGGAGAAAUUUAGCUGUUCAACCUUGAACGCUUUGCGACAAACAAGCAUCACAAGUCGACGAUGAGUUGGUUAUAACACCACGAGACACCAUGAAGAGAUACACAAAGGCCUGCUCUGGCCAUAUUCAAAAUUCUCGAUUGACGAUCAAUGGCCAAAAACGAUGGGUAUCAUACGACAAAUCCGAAUUGAGUCGAAAGGCCCUCUUGAACCAAAUCGAAUCGGAGCUUGAUCGACUGGCAAGUGGCAAACGGGCGAGAAUCCAUCCCGAAGACAAGACUGUAGACACAGAUGCUGGAAGGUUACCGAUAUCUCCGGUGAUGGACUACAAGUUCAUGCAGGCGAGGCGGCGUACGAAAAAAGCGAUGCCCACGGCCAUAUCAGGACAAUUCCGGAAGAAGUUAUCAAAUAAUCCAUACGCGGAAGCAUUGAUGGGUCCGCUAAGGUGGUGCAAGAAUACGAACGCUUGCCUCCCUAGACACUUCUUGCAGGACUUCGAAUUGGUCGAGCACCCAGAUCCCGAGCAGGCGAACCAAUGGUGGGCGCCAGGUCCAUUUUCUUUCCUAAGGGUCAAGCCGACAAGAGAGGAGCGAGAGGUGGAGAUGGAGUCAAAGGACUUGAAAUCAAUAAAGAAAGGAAUUGAACGGGUACGAAGGCAGAUCGGACUUGUACAAAACGAGAUUGCGAAAAUGGCUACAGAAGCCAAAUCAACGAGAGCCGACAUAUCAGCAGAGGCCGAAACAACAUCAGUCGAAGAAGCAUCGGAAGUCUCAAAUAGUGCGGCAGACCCAGAACUUGUCGUUGAGGAUAUGGAAACGAACGAAGGACUCAUAGAACGACGAGCGCGCGUUGUCGCUUACACUCUCGCACGCAAAGAUGUCAUCGAUAUGAUCGGGAGAAACAAGUCCUAUCAAGCAAAGAUGGGUGCCCACCGCAGCGGCAUGGCGGUUCUUCAAUAUGGUAGCGGCCAAAAGGUUUUCCGAUCAGACAUGGGCGAUAUACUUGUUGGGAUGUUGCGACGUGUGACUGUUGAUACACUCAUCACACGCUCCUGCAGGGAAGGUCUAUGGGCACCAUACAAAUUCUUAAAGCCAGUUUCAAGCUGGGAAGAAGCGAAGAAAGUUCCAGGAGGUGGAGCAAUCCUUUAUAUACCAAAGGAGGACAUGGAGGACAUGAACAGUUAUGCGACUCUUGAUAUAGAAGAUGCUUCUUAUGCCAGUAAGAUGGCGGUUCAUGAUCUGCGAUAUAUACUGGGCGAGGAAGAGGUUGAGAGGUUGAAAGAGAAGUCAGAGGUAUUCCGAGACCAUGAAAUCUUGGUGUUGAAGAACUUUAGAAGUGGAAGCAUGAGAGCUUUGCAUAUGCUGCUCUGGAGGCUACAAGGAUACUUGGCGUUGCCGCAAGUUGAACCCAUUGAGCCAAGGCAAUACUAAGAGAUGUAAAAUAGAAAUGAGAUACCAUGAAUAUGAACAAUAUGAUGAAC